AACAAUAAAAUCCAAGGAAGGAAUCCAUCACAUUCAUGAUCUAUUUAUAUCUCUCGAGCGACCAUGCAUGAUAGUGAAAUAUUCAAGUUUAAAGACAUGAUGAUGAUGUCUUGCAUAGUACAAUCAUUAGUACUUGUUCCAUGGUUUCUAGUAGUAGCAGUACUCGCUGGUGGAGAAGACUCAUCCGAUACGGCAAUGUUUCCGGCGAUGUUUGUGUUCGGAGACUCAUUGGUGGACAACGGAAACAAUAACCACUUGAACUCACUAGCUAGGUCCAACUAUCUUCCUUACGGCAUUGAUUUCGCUGGAAAUCAACCCACCGGUCGGUUCUCUAACGGCAAAACUAUCGUCGAUUUCAUAGGAGAGUUGCUAGGGCUGCCGGAGAUACCGGCAUUUAUGGACACGGUGGACGGAGGAGUGGAUAUUCUCCAGGGAGUGAACUAUGCCUCAGCUGCCGGAGGAAUCUUAGAGGAAACCGGUCGGCAUCUGGGAGAGAGAUUCAGCAUGGGAAGACAAGUAGAGAACUUCGAGAAGACAUUAAUGGAGAUAAGUAGAAGCAUGAGGAAAGAGUCAGUAAAGGAGUAUAUGGCAAAGUCAUUGGUGGUGGUGUCAUUGGGUAACAAUGACUACAUUAACAAUUAUCUGAAACCAACGCUAUUCCUCUCAAGCUCCAUUUACGACCCUACUUCUUUCGCCGACCUCCUUCUCUCCAACUUCACCACUCAUCUCCUUGAUUUGUACGGAAAGGGGUUUAGGAAAUUUGUAAUAGCCGGUGUGGGUCCAUUGGGUUGCAUACCGGACCAACUAGCCGCCCGAGAGGCUCCGCCAGGUGAAUGUGUGGAGGCGGUUAACGAGAUGGCUGAACUCUUCAACAACGGCCUCGUGUCGCUGGUGGACCGUCUUAAUUCCAAUAGUAAAACUGCUAGUGAAGCCAUCUUUGUUUAUGGCAAUACCUAUGGAGCCGCCGUGGAUAUCCUCACAAACCCUUUUAGUUACGGAUUCGAAGUGACGGAUAGAGGGUGUUGUGGAGUAGGUAGAAACAGAGGAGAAAUAACGUGUUUGCCACUAGCGGUACCAUGUGCUUUCAGAGACCGACAUGUGUUCUGGGAUGCAUUUCAUCCAACACAAGCUUUUAAUCUCAUAAUUGCUCUCAGAGCCUUUAAUGGUUCCAAAUCCGAUUGUUACCCCAUUAAUCUUUCUCAACUGUCUCGUCUCUAAACACUCAACAAAUCCUUCUCUUUUUUGUUUAUGUAUCUUGGAUUUUUGUUACUUUCCAAUUUUGUAGACUUCAGUAGUUCUAUCUAUAUAUUGCAUAGUUAUUCUCAUUAUCUUUUUAA